GUAACCAGUUUACCGCGCGCAGUCCUUUCAUCUACAUCUCGUAUGAGCGAUUCCUUAUAUCGCGAUUUGAAUUUGAAUUUGAAUUUAAAUUUAAAUCAGUUAAAGUCCCAGCCAUUGGAUAAAUGAAAAAAAUCUUUACCUAAAUUACAAUUAAAUAAAUAAAGUUUAAAAUUUUUAUGAUGCUGGAUAAAAAAAAAGUGAAUUUCAAAUAUUUAAAUUUUGAAAUUUAAUUAAAACGAUACGCGAUGAAGGUCAAGUGGAUGGGAGUGAUACAAUUAGUACUGGUAUCAUCAGUUUGUGCGAUAGAAGUAAGAAGCACUGAAUCUAGUGAAGAAUAUUUGCGCAAAGUGAUGAUUGAACUUCAAGGAUUACAAUCACCGUCAAUUACCGGCUAUCAUAAUUUUAAUCCACAUUUUUUGGCGGGUAAAAGAUACUCGAGGACUAAUGCCAAUAUUUUGACAGUUCAUCAAGACGAUUCGAGGCACAACGGAUACCCUCCGAAAAAAAGUGAACAAAUUAUCGUUGAAGCUUCUAAUCAAUAUUACCCACAAAUGUCGCGGCCAAUAGUAGUUCCGGAUCAGACUAAAAUUCAAAAUCCACCUCUCGGUUUUACUAAAAAUGAAUUAGCGAUGAUGUAUAACCAGGCGUUGCAGUCAGGUAAUGCAAUAUCUUUGCCUGGAUUAAAAAAUUCAUUGGAAUCUGGACAAAUACCUUCAGUUGUUGGUAAUUAUUUACAUCUUCCCAAUGCUGAUAAUCAACAGCAAACGUUUGCGUAUUAUUUUUAUCCAUUGAAAUCAUUUAUGGACAAUCUUCAAAAUAAUAACGGAUAUAAAACGAUAAACGACUUGACGCCAGCGCAGUCGGGACAUCAAGAAUCCCAGAAGCAGAUAAUAAUAAACCCGCUUUUUAUGGCAAUCAGCAGCUUUGUCGGCAUGGCAUUGGUAUUUAUGCUCGGUGUUAUCGUUCUUCCGCGGAUUUUAGGUGAGUUUAGAUCUCGGAUAGUACAUGAUGAGCUUCUGAAUCUCACGACGACUGUCAACGAGGCAAUUGACAAGUACAACUACACAACAACGAGGCCGAAGACACCAUUCAGUGAAGCUAUGGUGGGAAUUAAAACUAGACCGGUGCAACGCGUCAAGCGAAAAAAAAUUCAUCGCAAUAGAAAUGUAAAGACUGUAUAAAAAAUAUAUAUAUAUAUAUACGUACAUGUAUGUGUUACUUGAUUGAUGCAAGUUCCGUAUAUUUAUAAUACUUAAUAUAUAAAGUUAUACACUGAGAAAAAAAUCUCUUCGAAUCCUUGUAUAUAUUUAAAUUUUUCAAUCUGAUAUAUUUUUGGUAAAAAAUUUUAAGAUUUCAUUCAAAAUAAUUUUCUUAAUCCAAACUUAUGUUUACUUCAAAAUAUUUUUAUAUUUUUUUUGCAGGAGUGUAAAUAAAUUUGAAUUUCUUUGGUCAAGAAAAUUUUUCUUUGCACUGGAUAUCUUGGCGGAUACAAAUUGCGGCAUUUUACGGUAAACGUAAGGUAUUCUACGGCAAUUGUGUGGUAUUUUUACCGUAAAUUUAUAAUAAGAGAACGGUAAUUUACUGUCACAUUGCGGCAAGCCUGGGGUAAUUUUCCGUUAAGUGAAGUACCGCAGAGUAAAAAGUCGAAAAAUAAAAAAGCAUACGGUACUUACGGUAAAAAUGCCGCAUUUUACCAUAAAUUGCGGCAAACUUACCAUAAAAAUACCGUAUUUUACGCGGAAUUACCGUAAUUUGCCGUAAAAUAAUGACAAGUCUGGGGUAAUUUUCCGUAAAGUGAAGUACCGUAGAGUAAAAUCUUUAAAAAUAAAAAAGCAUACAGUGUUUACGGUCAAAAUUCCACACUUUACCGUAAAUUGCGGCAAAUUUGCCGUAUAAAUACCACAUUUUAGAAAAUUACGGAACUUUACCGUAGUAAUUUACGAUCCUGAAGUUAGCAGACAGUCACAAAUUUUCGGAUUUUUUUUUUUCAACAAAUCAAUUAAAAAAAAAAAAAAAAUGCACUUGUAGAAAAUUCAAAAAACUACAAGUGCAAUUUUUUCAAAUAUUUAUUUUUUUACAAUUUAUUGUUUAAAAUAAAAUCCAAAAAUUAUUAGACGUCAGCUGACUUCAGGAUCAUUAAUUUACGAUCCUGAAGUUAGCAGACAGUCACAAAUUUUCGGAUUUUUUUUUUCAACAAAUCAAUUAAAAAAAAAAAAAAAAAAAAAAUGCACUUGUAGAAAAUUUUAAAAACUACAAGUGCAAUUUUUCAAAAUAUUUUUUUUUUUACAAUUUAUUGUUUAAAAUAAAAUCCAAAAAUUAUUAGACGUCAGCUGACUGCAGUAUCAUAGUAAUUUACCGUAAUUCAAAUCCGCCAGGAUUUAAAAUUAACAAUGCAAUAAUUUAUAUCGAUUACUCGAAAAAAUAUUGAUUUUCACAAAAGUUAUGUUUUUUCUCAGUGCAAAACUCAUUCUUUAAUUUAUUACAGCAAAAUAAUUAAAAUAGUAAAAUAAACGACUGAUUUUUUUGUCUUAUAAUUAAUAUUUAUUUAUUUUUUAAAUUGUUUUAAAAACGUUACUUUACAAAACUCUCCAGCGUUCUCGCACACGUGACAACAAUAUGUGAAAUAAUUAUUUUAGUUAAUUAUCAACUUUUUUUUUUUUUCACAAAUCCACUGUAUUGAUUAAUCACGUAAACAAAAAAGAGAAAAAUACAAGCAAUGAAAAUUGCUCAGUCGAUUUUUAUCUUUUGUCCUUUCGUUAUUUUUUCUCUUUACAUUUACAAUUAUUAUUUCACUCGGUGUUACUAUCAUUUGUAUAUUUUAUUUAUUUAUUUAUUCAUAGCAAAUAAUGCCACUUAAUUCUUCAUUUGUUGAGUACAAGAAAAUAUAUUUCGAAUAUAAGAAGAAAAAAUUAAAUUUAUAAAAAAUUAUUGAGUUACUUUCGAGUUGAUCGAAAAAUCUGAUUACUGAUCGCUAAGAUGAGGUAGAGAUUCACCAUUUUAUUUAAAUUCAUUAUUUAUAAAUAAUUGUACGCACAAAUGAAGAAUCUCGCAUUAAUUAAUGCGUCAACUAGUAGCAUUUUUUAGUUUCAUUAUUUCAUUUCUGCCAUUUCUUGAUCAUAUUAAUACUGCUAAAUAAAAUUUUAAUGAAUUUUUUUAUGAUAAAGAGACGAUCUGGUCUCCGUAAUAACCAUUUUUUUUUUUUUUCAAUUGGUAAUUUAUUUAAUAUUCCUUGGGGCUCAUAAAUUUGCGGUUAACAAAAUAUUCACAAGCAUAAAUACUGAUUAUUGUACAUUCGUUUUAGAGCCUUUAGAUUUUUUUUCUACACUUUUAGAAUCAGACAGGAAUAGUACAUUCCAAUAACUUAUUAAUUUUACAGUAAAAAAAAAAAAUUAAUUUACAAUACUUUAUGUAUAUAUCAGACUGUCCAUUUAAAAUUGAUUUUUUUUGUCCCAUACAAAAAUUACAUUGUCUGUAACAUGAAAAAAAUUGGGUAUCAAAUUCGGCCCUCCCUCAGUUACAAAACGCGCGCUCACUUAUAAGAUUUCCCAUUUAAAAAACAUAGUAAAUUUUUUUUGAACUUUGAAAUUAACUCGUUAACGGAUCAAUAAAUUGAAGUGACCAUACAUAUUUUUGUAGAUAAUUGAAUGCUCUACAAAAAAGGUCUCUUACAAUUUUUUUAUAAAUCCAACUUUUCAAAAGUUAUUUAAGUUUGAAUUCAAAUUUUUCCCGCAAAAUUAUCAGUAUCAUUGCAAAGUGUCACAGGAGCUUGUAGAUAAUUUUUUUUUGCAAUCAGGAUGUUAUUUAAUAAUUUUUUAAUUUCACACUUCAAAAAUUACAGUUUCACAAAUUAAUUAUUCGAGAAAAAAACUGAAACUUUCGUAAAAAAGUAACUUUUGAUCUGUUAGAUUUUAAAAAAAAUUGAGAUCUUUUUUGCACAGCGAUUUUCUAAAAAAAUAUCCGGUCAUUUCAAUAAAAUUUCAAAGUGAAAAAAAAUUUUUCCCAUGUUCUGUACAUGGGAAAUUUUAUUUAAGCGAGCGCGCGUUUUGUGGAUGACCACAACUUGGUACCCAAUUUUUUUGUUACAUUCGACGUAACUUUCGUAUGGGGCCGAAAAAAAAAUCGAUUUUAUUUGACAGUCUAAUAUACAUACAUGUUUACAUAUAAAUAUAUAUAAAAAUGAAUUACCAGCAGUUGAAUGAUAGCACAUAUGGCAACACAUAAAGCAGAUCUAUAGUUUUUUGUUGUAUUUAUUUUUAUAAAAAGGCUGUAUGUAUUUUAACGAGGUAAUUUAUUCAGGCAUGCAUUAAAAUGUAACGUAAAUGUUAAUAUAAUUAUUUUAUACAAUUAAUCACCUUUAUUGGUGGGUUAAAAAAUAAUUGAACAAAAUAAAAUAAAACAAAACCUAGUGAAUUAGACAAUAAAUUAGCAACUUUGUGGUAUAAAAAGCAUAACAGUAUGAAAAUACAACUGUUUACCUCAAGUAUUAUAUAUAUCAUUUACAUAUAUGUUUUGUGUAAUUGAGAUAACAUUAUAAAUAUGAGCUAAUUAUAUUAGGUAUUGUAUACAUUAAAAAAAAGUGUUAAAAAAAAAAAAUGAUCGCGUUUAUUGACCGCGCAACAGACGAAAUAAAUGGAAUGAAAAGCAUGAAAUAAUAAUAAAAUUAAAUGAUAUAAUUUAUAAGCGAUAAAAAUAUUAUCGAUGCUUGGUAGUAAAAAUGAUAUUACGAUUGUCUCUCAUUUAAAAAAGACCAAUUACUAUAUAUAUAUAAAUAUAUAUAAUUAUUUUUAGCAGCGCGCGUGCUGGAGUUAUUUAAUUGACUAGAAAACAAUGAACAAAUAAAAAACAAAAACAUUUAUAGCAAAUAUACAAUAAGGGCGUGUUCAGAAAUACACUCUGGAGGUGAAAAAUUACCUAUCUAGGUGUGAUUAGUACCUUUGUAAUGUUAAAUCGCACCUCUGGUUCGACCAGAGGAUAUUUCUGAACGCAGGAAUUGAAUAUUUUCUCUUCCAGAGUGUGUUUCUGAACAAGCCCCAAUUGUGAUAAUUAACAAUAGACGCAAAAAAAAAUUAAUAAUGACAAAAUGUCUAAUUAAUUAAUUAAUAGUAAAUUCGAAAUACAUGUCGUUGUUUUUAAAUUUCAUAUAAUUUUAGUCGUAUAAAAAUGUGACCAUUUAUUUAUUGUAUAUAAUUAAAAAAAAAAUAAUAAAGCUCUCAUUUGUGCUUCGUAACUGAGCUCUUGUAAAAAGGGGCUCGUCUGGGAGACUCCGUAAAAAAUGGCUGUGUAAUUAAAGUUCGAAAAUAAUUCGAAUUUCAUAAUUACACUAUCAGUCUUUCCCUAUUAUUUCUAUUUAUUUUUUUCUUAUUAAAAAAAAAACAUUUAAAAAAAAAUAUAUACUAAUACAUGAAUAAUCCGUCGCACGCACGCAUACUCAAUAUUUUCAUUUAAUCAGACCCAUUAUAUUUAUAUAUAUAUUUAUAUAAUAUUAAUGUAUAAAUCUGACAAUCACGAAAUUUAUAUUGUAUAUUUUUUAAUAUGUAUAAUUAUUUACAAUUUACGAUGAAUGUGUUAUUUUAUGGCAAUAAUAAAAAUUACGAUUUUUU